GCGUAGAAGGGCUGCGGUGGAAACGACGCCGGUACGAGAUUCGGCACCAACCCCGGUUCCUGGGCCAGAACCAGAGGCGGCAUCCGCAGCAGCGCCACCUGCAAAGCGUCUACGCGCAGACGAGAGCGCCGGAAAUGAAGUUUGGAUUAUGGGAGAUUCGAUCCCCUAUUGGGACGGUCAGCGGGCGGAGUUGCAAGGGAUGCCGGACCUUAACCUCCCGUGUGGGACACGGGUGGUUUGGAUGGGCGUUUCCGGUAUGGGGUGGGCAGAUGCCGGACACCACAUGCAGCUCCCCGCUCUUUCCCGGAUGCCACCGAAGGAUUACUCUUCUGUUGCUCAAAUUGGUCUGGUGUUUCCAUGGUUACAAGCACCAGCCAGAGGUGGAAGCUCUACAGGAGGAGAUCAACAUACUCAAUGAGCAGCUUGACGAGUCCAAGUAUGAGCAGGACAAGCAGAGGCGCCUCAUUCAGGCACUCAAAGAUGACCUUGAGGAGGAGAGAAACAAGAAACCCUCUCAGAUUCGAGAAUCCUUGGAUGACGUACGGACAGAGUUACGGGACAUGCGUGAUGACCUUUACAAGCUGAUGGGGGUCAUAGAGAGCAAGGAUCUCGCUAUAGAGACCCUUGAGAACCAGCUGAGGACCUCGAAAGAUGAAAUCAAAACGAAGUAUGGGGAGUUUUUGACAACAAAAAAGCCCUCACCAACAAAUGGACCAAUGAUGUCCCUUUUAAUAAAAUCUCAGGCGAUGUCUUACCUCCAGCGGGUAGUGUCUGACCUGGAACGCAAGAACGGAGAGCUUCACGAGAGCGUGGAGGGAUUGCGUUCCAGUGUGGAGGACAGGCUGAUUUCUCAGAGGAGUUCUAGCCCCGCCUCCAGCUCUACCAGCCAAACCUUCCUGUUACACAACAUCUAGCGCGAUUUCUGCCAUCCACAUCGCAUCACCGUGAUUCAGCCCAGAGUGGACAAUUACUAUCUCACCAUGAUACAUCGUUGAACACGGUGAUUUCGCCGUGGCAAAUUGCGGUGUCAGUCUCUGCGUUAUCGGAAAAUUGAUCUCACGGUGUACCACCAUAAUCGCGGUGUACCACCGUGGCCUCGGUGGUUCGCUGUGAAAUAC